GGCGAGAUUGCGAGCGGGGGAGGCGAAGCCAUCGUUGUGUGUCCCUCGCCUCUUCAGCAACCUCACUCCAAAUCCCCUACCUCUACUUGCACUGACGAUGGCUGCCUCGACAAGCAGCAGCAGCGAAAAGCGCCUCGCCCUGGCCGGCAUCAAGGUCGUCGAGUUUGCCGGCCUGGCGCCAGGCCCGCUCGUCGGCAUGAUCCUGGCCGACUUUGGCGCCGACGUCGUCCGCAUCGACCGGGUCGGCAUCACGCUCAACCCCGACUCGCUGUGCCGCGGCAAGCGCUCGCUGGCCAUCUCGCCCAAGCAUCCAAAGGGCUACCUUGCGCUGCGCAAGCUGCUGUCCGAGGCCGACGUCGUCAUCGACCCCUUUCGCCCUGGUGUGCUCGAGCGCCUCGGCCUGGGCCCCGACGACGUGGCCAAGGGCGACAGCGCAAAGGGAAUCAAGGCAAGCGAAAAGUGCAUCUUUGCCCGCAUCACGGGCUUCCAGCGCCAGGGGCCCUAUGCCAACAUGGCCGGGCACGACAUCAACUACGUCGCCCUCUCGGGCCUCCUCAGCUUCGUCGGCGCCGCCGGUGGGCCCCCACAGCCGCCGAUGAACCUGCUCGCCGACUUUGCCGGCGGCUCCCUCAUCUGCGUCGUCGGCAUCCUCGUCGCUCUCGUCGAGCGGUCGUCGUCGGGCAAGGGCCAGGUCGUCGAGGCAGACAUGGUCACGGGCUCGCGGUACAUGGCCAGCUUCGUCUUUCUGUCCAGCUACCUCGCCCACCCCACGUGGGGCGCCGUCAUCAACGAUGGCAAAAACGAGACGAGGGGCCGCAACACGCUCGACGGAGGCGCACCGUGGUACGGUGUGUACAGAACAAGUGAUGGCGGGUGGAUGAGCGUUGGCGCAAUCGAGCCGCAGUUCUACAAGGAGCUCCUGCGCAUCCUCGGCGAACAGGUCCCCUCGCCCAAUGCACCCUCAACAUCGACGCAGCACGACCGCGCAACGUGGCCCGAGCUGCGCCGCUACUUUGAGCAGACGUUUGGCAAAAAGACGCGCGCAGAGUGGAACGCGGCGUUUGUGGGCACCGACGCCUGCUGCGUCGCCGUGCUGGACCGCGAUGAGGCGGCCGUCGACGGUGUUCUCCCUGCUGCGACGCGCGACGACGUGCAGGGUGGCGACGUCAUUGUGCCACACCCGGCCCCGCACCUCACGCGCACACCGGCCAGACUGCCCGGAGGAAGCCCCGGCCAGGACGAGAGCGCAGAGCUGCUCCUCACGCCCGGCGACCACACGACUGAGGUCCUGCAGCAGUGGGGGAACGUCUCGGGGGCCGAGCUGGCCGACCUGUGGAAGAGCGGCGCCGUCGGUGGGCCCGACCCACCGAGCGAGCGCGAGAGCAGACUGUGAAUGUUGUGGUUGCUUCCGUCAAUGUCACCCAGUCUACAAUUAAAAU